AUUAGGGUGCUAGUGAAUCAUAGUCAUAAAAUUAAUUGAAUGGUUAAAUCAAAGAUGACUUUAACUAGUUGCAUUCUUGUUUGCAACGUUUGUAACGUGAAGGGAGUUUCAAUAACAAUCGUGAUCACUGUCAAUACGAGUAGUAAUUUUAGUUAAUUUAAUCAAAUAAACAUUUACAGAUGGAUUGGCAAGCAGUAAGAAAUCAUUUUAGACAAACUUGGCUGACUACGCUUCUCAGUUUAAUUUUAUUUUUUUGUGUUACGUACUUUUUAUUGUGGACAGAGAGUCAAACUAUUCAAAUUAACUUGAUGCUUGAGGAACUGGUUUCGGCAGCAGAGAGUAUUGACGUGCAUACUGGCGACGAAGCAGCGCGCUAUGAAGGAAAGGUAGUUCAUAUUGUUGGGCCUUUGAGGAUACUCGAGCCAAUAUCGGAGCCCGACUAUAACAUACAAGUACAAGCUGUUAAACUACGGAAACGGGUGCAAAUGUACCAGUGGAUUGAAGAAUCUACGGAACAGGAGAAUUUCAUCAGUGAACCUGCUGAAGAGUCUCGUAAAACAUACUGGUAUCACAAAGACUGGCGAGAUUAUGUGGUAGACUCCUCACUGUUCUACAUCAGACCAGGGCAUAUAAAUCCUGCUAUUAUGCCAUUGAGUAGUGAAACACAUAUUGCUGAUAAUGUUAAAAUUGGAUGGGCAUAUUUAGGUAUAGAUGUGAAAAGGAAAGUGACAGAUUAUUAUGAGAUUUGGUCUGACUCUAGACCAGAGCGGAGUGAUAUCAAGCUUCACUCUGGUUUCUAUUACCAUGGAGAAAGUGCUUUAGAACAUGAGAUUGGUGAUCUUCGUAUUCACUUCUCUUAUGCUGGCCGUGAGGAUGAUAUUUACACAGCAGUAGGCUUAGUUGAAGGUGGUACUAUACAGGCUUAUAGUCCAACAAGGUUUCCGUCAGCGGAUCCAAUCUGCCUACUCCGUAAAGGUUCCUACACUUUGAAUCACCUCUUUGAGCUAGAGAAGAGAGAUGCAAAUAUUCACACCUGGCAAUACAGACUAUUUGGAUUUGUUCAAGUCUUGGCUUCAGCAAUGACAUUGCAUCCUGAUUGGGUGACACUAUUUUUACAAAGUACAUGGGUGUCAAGUAACUUUAGACGGUGUUCAAGAUUUUGGAUUAAUUUCGUCCUGUCGUGCUCCUACACUUUAUUUAUCAUUGCUUUGCCAUGGUUGAUCCACAAACCAGCAUUCGGAGCUAUUGUGUUAGGAUGUUCGGUGUUGCCACUUCUCCACUACUCGACUCUGAUGACGCGACGCGACGGCACACAGGACGCUGCCCAGUACACUAGGUGGACCAACAACCCUAAUUGAAGUACCAGUUUCCAAG